GGACACUGAGAUCAUGACCUGAGCCGAAGGCAGAGACUUAACCCAGUGAACCAUCCAGGCGCCCCAAGAGUGUUCUUGAUACGUGCAAGGACUGGAGGACUGAGGCAAGAGUGGAGGGGCAGGAUAUGAGAUGAGGAACCGGAGCUGGAAGGCUGCCUACUCCCCAAACUCCACCAGCCCAGAUCCUUCUUAGUGAAUCUGGGAGGACUAAGAACCACCAGGCUCCUGGAAUCCACACCUUCAUCCUCUCUGCCCCGCGUGGGCCCCCCACAGCAGGACAAAGAGGGCCCUGUCACAAAUACCAAUGAUUCUGAGGUUGAGAAACCCUCAUCUACUGCUGUGGCCCAUUCCUCUGCAGGGUCCUUUCUUGCCAGGAGCCCGCGGGUGAGCUGCAGAGACAGGAAUCGCCUAACGAGGAAAAGGAUCAUCUCAGUCUCCCUCUUACGAUAAUGCAGACUCCACUGACCAUCCCUGUGCCUGUGCUCCGGCUCCCUCGGGGCCCCGAUGGCCUGAGCCGAGGCUUUGCCCCAGAUGGACGCAGGGCCCCCCGGAUGCCAGAGGGUCCUGAAACCCCAGGGUCUGCAGGAGUUCAAGAGUCUCGGGAAUCCCAGGAACAGCAUGCACGAGCGGCGCUCCGGGAACGCUACCUCCGCAGCCUGCUGGCCAUGGUGGGUCACCAGGUGAGUUUCACACUGCACGAGGGCGUGCACGUGACUGCCCACUUCGGAGCCACUGACCUGGACGUGGCCAACUUCUACGUGUCACAGCUGCAGACGCCCAUAGGUGUGCAGGCUGAGGCCCUGCUGCGGUGUAGUGACAUUAUUGCGUACACCUUCAAGCCAUGAAGAUGCUACUGGCUUCACCUUUUGGUUUUGGGCCUAGCCACCGGGCCCCAGCCCCGCCACAUGGUCGUGGGGCACACAGAGUUUGGAACUCCCUUGGAAUUCUGAGCCGACCUCCAAGCAACUCUGGCUUCUUGGGACUUCGAGGGUGUAGUCGGUAAAAUUUUGCAACCCCAAGAGUUCUAGAGCCCAUUGACAUGAAUGCUCUACCUCAAAGAACUCUAAACUCUAAAAUAGCCUCUUGCCAGUUCCUGAAGAUUGAGGAUUGGGCGUGGAAGACAAAUGGCAGAGUGGGAAAUUGUUUCUUGAAGCUGCAAAGUUCAGCCACCCUGAAGAUACUCCCCUCCUACUAAAGAACCAAUUAUCCCAGGAAGAUUCGCCUCCUGUUUUUUGUUUGUUUGUUUUUUUAAAGUGUAGCGCACAGGGAUGGAGCCAGGUCUAGGAAGUGGAAGGGUGGCCAGGCUAGCUAAGGUCUGAAUCUGGUGGAUCUGGGCCAAGAGGAUACAUCACAGGGCUGAGAGGAGCUCGGAUGAAGGCGGAGAUUGGCUUGGUCCGGGAAUGGCUGGAGCUACCCGAAAGCCGGGUUUGGGACAUUUGGACGCGAUUUCCUUUUCGGGUGGGCAGGAGUGUUCCCAGGCAGGGGCGUGGCUCGCACCGGGUUACCUGGUCGCCUGGCUCUGGAGCGGUGUGGACCUCACCCUAGAGACGGCUUCCCCGUCCUCUCCAGAAGGCGUUGGACCUUGUGCGGCGGCGCCACCGAGGCCAGGCUGAGGACUAGGGCUUGGGGUGAAGCUUCACCCUCUUUCUGUGUCGCUCCAGCUGUGUGGCCGACCGGAUCAUUCGCUGCCCUUAUCCCCGUCACUAGUGUCUUUCAGCACAUCGCUUUAAAAAAAUAAUUGCUGCACCCUUUGUAGUCCCAUCAACUUUAGCAUGCAAGCGCGGAUCCCGUUAAAUAAAGAUUCGCUUUGUUUGUCUGCA